ACAAACUGCAGUCUCACUCUCCUCCCCCUCUUGUCUUUUUCCUGCUCUCUUUCCCACCUCUUGUUUCCGUCGCUCCCUCUCUCUCGUUCUCUCUGCAUCGUAUCCAUCCCCCACCGCCUCCUUCUGCUUUCAUUCAGGUUACUUUUCCUUCUCCUCCUCACUCCAUCUGCUGUGUCUUUCUCCUCCCUCUCUUCCUUCCUUGUCGCUACAGCUCUAGCUGCCUCACCCUACAUCCCUCCCUUCCUACCAACGCUCCCUCCCUCCUCCUGCUCCUUUUUGAGGGCUUCAAAGCUGCCCAGCGCACACUCACACAUAGCAUUACACCACUCCUCUCCUGUGUGGGAAAACCAUGUCAGCUAUUCUGGACCUGGACCAGAUUGCAUGCGCUGGAAAUGAAGUGGAGCACGACAUUGAAACGCCACAUGGCGUUCUCCAUGUGACAAUGAGAGGCGUUCCAAAGGGCAACCGACCCAUCAUCCUCACCUAUCACGACAUCGGCCUCAACCACAAGUCUUGCUUCAACACCCUGUUUAACUACGAGGACAUGCAGGAGAUCACCCAGCACUUUGCUGUGGUUCACGUCGAUGCGCCCGGCCAGCAGGAGGGAGCGCCUCCCUUUCCCAGCGGGUAUCGCUAUCCAACCAUGGAUGAGUUGGCCGAAAUGCUGCCCUCUGUGUUGACUCAGCUGAAGGUGAACAGCGUGAUCGGCAUCGGCGUGGGAGCAGGAGCGUAUAUCCUCACCCGCUUUGCACUGAACAACCCGUCCCUCGUGGAGGGGCUGGUACUCAUUAAUGUCGACCCGUGUGCUGAAGGCUGGAUUGACUGGGCUGCUUCAAAGCUUUCUGGAUGGACCAGUAACUUGGUGGAUAUCGUCAUGGCUCACCACUUCAGCACUGAUGAGCUCACAGACAACCAGGAGCUGAUCCAGACCUACCGCCUCCACAUCGCCCAAGACAUCAACCAGGACAACCUGGCCCUUUUCUGUGGCUCCUACCAAUACCGUCGAGACCUUGAGAUCGAGAGGCCCAUAGUGGGUCUGAAUGAGGACACGGUCAACACACUAACUUGCCCUGCUUUGCUGGUGGUCGGUGACACGUCACCUGCUGUGGAGGCCGUGGUGGAGUGCAAUUCCAGGUUAAAUCCCACCAAGACUACAUUGCUAAAGAUGGCUGAUUGUGGAGGCUUGCCCCAGGUUGUGCAGCCAGGAAAACUUGCUGAGGCAUUCAAGUACUUUAUCCAGGGCAUGGGCUACAUUCCCUACGUUCUUCUCAGUCACCUGAGCAACGAAUCAGUACCUUCAGCAGGAAUGACUCGCUUGGCUCGCUCACGCACCACCUCCUCUUCCAGCAUCACUUCCAUGGACAACAGUCGCAGCCGCAGCAACGUCAACAGCCUGCUGGAGGGCGGCACCACCGGGAGCCUGGACAGCAAGGCCGGGCCCCAGACCAUGGAGGUCUCCUGCUAAGCCCCCAAUCCGCCCCCACCUCGCACUCUCCCAUAGUAACUUAUGUCCCUUCUCCACGUCUCUCUAACUUUCUCUCUCUCUCAUCCUAAGCAGCUCAAUGCUAGGAAGAUCUAUAAUGAUCUAUGUGAUUAGAAAGGAGGAUGUAAUAAAUAUAUUAACAGAUCCAUAUUAUAAAAUAUUGUAUUAAAUACACUGUCAAACUCACAUUCCUAUCAGAAACCAUAACUCCAUUCAGAUGUGUUGUAUAUUCAAAAACCAUAUGAUUGACCAUAUGACUCAGCUGUCCAGUCCUGUAUUUAUUUUUUUCACAUUGUCGUUGUUUCAAAUGUCUUCACACAGUGUAGAAAUCAAAGUAACUGUUUUUUUUUAACUCCUAACAUCGAUUGUAAAUCAUGAUUGUGUGUCUUUAUCAUCAAACUAGCUGCAAUGCAAAUUAGAUACAACGCACGGCAGGAGAUCACUUAAUAUUUACAGAAAUAAAGCUGCAUAUAAAGUGAUGUGGAUGAUGCGUGCAAGUAGCAUUGCAUACUGUAGCACACUGUUAAGUCCAGCUAAGUUAAAUGUAGAGCUGCUCUUGAACUUUCAGUUGUGUUUCACUUCAAGUAAUUUGACUUUGUUUAGUUUUUUAACUCAACCCAGCAUUUCAUUUUCCCUUCUGCUUUGUGUUGCUGUUUUUUUAAUUUGCUUUUUUCCCCCUUUUUUUGAUGUUGUUCAGUUGACUAGUAUAUUCAUUGUUUUAACAACCUUCAACAAGUGGGAUCUGAUGUGAAAAGUAUGAGUCCCUUCCAUCAGGGGCCAUGUGGUGCUUCUCACUGUCUGCUGAUUAGCUCAUUUAUAUUACUACUGAAUAAAGAUACGAGACGAGAA